AAGAGCCUCUUCUCCUCUUUGGACCUCUGCCCUCAUCUCUGCUGGAAAUGGACCCCAACUGCUCCUGCCCAACAGGUGGCUCCUGCACCUGUGCUGGCUCCUGCAAAUGCAAAGACUGCAAAUGCACCUCCUGCAAGAAGAGCUGCUGCUCAUGCUGCCCCGUGGGCUGUGCCCACUGCGCCCAGGGCUGCAUCUGCAAGGGAGCAUCGGACAAGUGCAGCUGCUGUGCGUGAUGUCGGGGGAGAGCCUACUCCCAGAAGUAAACAGAGCAACACAUUCAAACCUGCAUUUUUUUUUCAUUCCACACUGACCUGUGUGUCCCAUUCGCUUGUCUAUGAAAUAUGUGAAGGAUAAUAAAAGUUGUUGCCUUUACUCU